ACAGGAAACAUGCGUGGUUCCACGGGUUUGCUUCUUAUUUGAAUACACCUGGUUUUACUGUAUGCGGUGUCAGCAGACCUUUAAAUACUAAGUCCACUGCAAGCAAAGUUUCAUAUGUUGAGAGAUGGACUGCAGUGAAUGCAUUUUGCUGAUCAUUUCUUUUUGCUGUGCUUGGGGCAUGAACUCUGGGUUGGAAAAAACGGUUUAUGGAAGCCUGGGGGGCCCAACGCUGCUGAGCAUAACGCCCAAACUUCAGAAUUUUACUAUGCAAUUUAGCGACGCUCGAUGGAAACGAAGUGCAUUGAAUGGAGGCACGAAGACAUCUACCUUUCUAGCUAGCUAUGAUGGAAGAAAUUAUACCAAUUACAUGGAGAAGCGGAUCAGGUUUCAUCCCGAGAACUUCUCCUUGGAAAUACUGAAAACCAGGAGAACGGAUGCAGGGCACUAUGAAUACACCGUGAACAAACGCUUUGAGGAGCAGUCUUUGCAGUUCCAGUUGGAAGUGUAUGAGCGGGUGUCCGUCCCCGACAUCCAGAUGGUCAGCAGGACCCUGGGGAACGAGAGCUGCAGCAUGACGCUGAGCUGUGUGGUGAACAGCGGGGACAAUGUGACCUACAGCUGGAACUGCAGUGAGGGCAACACCUCCCAGCUGCACUCCUACAAUGACAGCUUUCUGCACCUCUCCUUCACCCCGGGGGAGGACAGCGUCUCUUGCUCCUGCACCGCCAGGAACAGAGUCAGCCAGCAAACCACCAGGUUCAGCUCCUCGGUGGAGUGCGCCAACAAGCCAGGCGGCUCGCUCAGGAAUGAGCUCGUGGAAUCCAUCGUGCCAAUAGCCAUUGUGGGCGUUCUGGCCUUCGGUGCAGGGGUCACAUACUGGCUGAGACACAGAGGCCAGGAAGAUCAUGCACAGCUGAAGGAGGAAAAGGAAAGUUGCACAAUUUACUCACAAGUCCAGAGGGUGGAGCAGCAGAAAAGCUCUCGCCCCCCUCCUGUGGUGAAGUGCUCUGAGUGCACCACCAUCUACGUCUGCGCCACCGGGCUACCUCCAGACACGGCUCAGCCCCCAAAUCCAGGGCUGAUGACCAUUUAUGACAGCGUGAUGCCUGCAACAAGCUGAACCCCUCCCCGGGGAAUGUGCAAAAUUGUAGCCGCUCUGGAGACACCGACGGACUUUUACCCUGCCCACAGCAGAAACCCAUCUCUCCAGCUGGCUGAACUUUUACCCACGUCCACGUGAAAUCCCACUUGGCUCCACAGAAGCGGGAUAAAAUUCCACUGUGCAAUAGCAGUUGGCACAAUGUGUCUCAUUCAAACCGAGACCCGCGGCUGUAAACGAGAGUCACAGAGUUCAUAACAGCAGAGCAGAGGGGAAGGAUCCAAGUGAGGCGAGACACCCACGAGGGACUUUGCGUGAGAGGCGCCCAAAGACAACCAUGAUGGGCGGCCAUAUAAAACCCUAGGUUGGACGGAUAGAGGGACAAGCACAGGAAAAGAGGGAGGAUCGCAGGUGAGACUGGCUAGGAGGGAGAUACAGACAGGCUGCUCCCGGUGGCCAGAGCUGCAUAGGAGAAGGUUCAAUCACCACCGGCAGCCAGAUGGUGCAAUGGCUCUGAAAAGAGGCUGAUGCUGGAGGACUAGAGGGGAGCAGAGACAGUGAAUCUGUCUAUUGCAAGGUCCACGGAGGGUUUCAAAAAUAAAGCGAACUGGAUCCUAAGGGGCUGAUCCUCAGCUGGUGUAAAUCAGCCUAGCUCCCUGGUCUGCAAUGGAGCUACGGAUUUACAUCCUCUGCGCAUUUGGCCCAUGUGAAUGCGGUCCCUAUGUAUUAUCACCCCACUGCUGAUAGAAUAGAAGUGUUAGAUCUGCCUCUCAGUCCCAGAGCAGGAGCAGGCUCCAUGGGGAUUCUGCUCUGGACAGGUUCAUCUUGAUUCAAUCAGUUCCAUAUUCAGGAUCAGUUCUCCCCUACCUGCUUCUGCAUAGUGAAAUUUACCCCGCACAGAGGUCCAGCGUGAAGCCUACACUCCAGUUUGAUCCUAAAUCCCCCCUGCUCAAUUCCCCAAACAAGCCCCCACUUGUAAUCCUGGCUCUGUCCGCUGUGGGGCUUGAACCCUGGAUCUCAAAGCACGAGUCGCCCAGCUCUGUUGUAAGCUCACCAACCUUGCUAUGCAGACCCCUAGAUGGGGACAGAGUGGCACAUUAUGGAGUUGUGGCCUGCACAUAGAGCUGAUUGGAGAGAUGUCCCCAAAACCGUUUUCCAUAGGAAUGUGCAGUUCUACUGAAAUCAACAAGCCAUGCAAAGUCAGGUCAAUUUUUUGCCGGAAUUUCAUUUUGGAAGAAAACCAAGGGGAACUAUUCCAGUACUGUUGCAACGUCCCAUUCUGACAGUUUUUGGAACACAGCGUUUCAGUUCUUCAUUGGGAAAGGUCUUUUCAUUCUGAAUUAUUUUGAAAUUUUGCAUCAGAUAUUACAAUGCAUCUCACGUAUUUGCGUUCUACUAUGGGGUUUUUAGAAAAGCUGAACUCAGAAUGAAAUGGCAUCAAAGCGAAAUGUUCCGAGUGCCCCCAAGCAAUUGCAAUUUGUCGUUUCGAUUCAGAAUGAAGCCAUAUUUUGAAAUCUUGUUAAACAGCGCUUCCACCCUGCACAUGGCUCUAGUUAUGCAUAGCCCUUCAGCCGGCCCUCUGUGCAGGGGUGAAUUUCACCAUCAGAGAAUAGACCUCCCUCUCACAACCAUGGGCGGACUCGUUCCUGACGUACUUACCCCUCUGACCUGUGAGAAGGGGUAGGGACAGUCUGAUAAAUGACACAGAUUGUUUUUAAAAGGUUCUCAUGUUGCAUUAACUUGGGAGGCAACAUGGUCUAGCAGUCAGAGUGCGGUGACUAAGCAGCUGGACUCUUGGGGUCUAGUCUUAGCUCUGCCACCAACUCUCUGUGCGACCUUGGGUGAGUCCCUUUGCCUCCCUGUGGCUCAGUUUUUCCUCUGAGCUGUAAAAUGGGCAUCAUGAUACCAACAUACAGCAUGGAGGGAGAAUCAACAUUUGUAAAUUGCUUUGGAAACCUCAGAGAACAACUUAUGUUAUUUGUGCAGCGUGAGCUGACUGUGUGUGCCAGCUAUAGGAAAGGAGAAAAAAAAAAUAACACACUGACAAUAAAAUCCUCCAAAGAAAUUA